UGGGAAGGGGCGUGUGCCCGAGCGCGCGCUCCCGGGAAGGAGCGGGCUGAGUGCUGGCACCAGCGGCCCCAGGUUUUCAGAAGGGAGUAUCGGGGCAGUGUGCGAGCCGCAGGGGCCAGACGGGGUCGAGUCGGGGGAGCGGGCACCAUGGCCGCCCUCCUGCUGCUACCCCUGCUGCUGCUGCUGCCGCUGCUGCUGCUGAAGCUGCGCCUAUGGCCGCAGCUGCGCUGGCUCGCGGCAGACUUGGCCUUCACGGUGCGCGCCGUACGCUGCAAACGGGUCCUUCGAGCGCGCGCCUUGGCCGCGGCUGCCGCCAACCCGGAAGGUCCCGAGGGGGGCUGCAGCCUGGCCUGGCGCCUCGCGCAGCUGGCCCGGCAGCGCCCCGCGCACACCUUUCUCAUUCACGGCGCGCAGCGCUUCAGCUACGCCGAGGCCGAGCGCCAAAGCAACCGGGCUGCGCGCGCCUUUUUGCGCGCGCGAGGCUGGGACGGGGGACCCGACGGCGGCGGCGGCGGCGGCGGCACAGGGGGCGCCGGGGAAGGCGAGCGGACGGCGCACGGCGUACGAGACGCGGCGGCUGGAAGCGGCGCGGCGCGGGACCUGCGGGAAGGGGAUGGCGCGGCCCCUCUGGCACCUGGGGCCACCGUGGCGCUGCUGCUCCCCGCCUGCCCAGAGUUCCUGUGGCUGUGGUUCGGGCUGGCCAAGGCCGGCCUGCGCACGGCCUUUGUGCCCACUGCUCUGCGCCGGGGUCCCCUACUGCACUGUCUCCGCAGCUGCGGCGCCCGCGCGCUGGUGCUGGCGCCAGAGUUCCUGGAGUCCCUGGAGCCUGACCUGCCGGCGCUGAGAGCCAUGGGGCUCCACCUGUGGGCUGCAGGCUCUGAAACCCAUCCUGCUGGAAUCAGCGAUUUUCUGGCUGAGGCCUCGGCUGAAGUGGAUGGGCCAGUGCCCGGGCACCUGUCUGCCCCCCAGAACAUAAUGGACACGUGCCUGUAUAUCUUCACCUCUGGCACCACGGGCCUUCCCAAGGCUGCUCGGAUCAGUCAUCUAAAGGUCCUGCAAUGCCAGGGAUUCUACCAGCUGUGCGGCGCCCACCAGGAGGAUGUGAUCUACCUCGCCCUCCCACUCUACCACAUGUCUGGCUCCCUACUGGGCAUUGUGGGAUGUUUGGGCAUAGGGGCCACAGUGGUGCUGAAGUCCAAGUUCUCAGCUGGGCAGUUCUGGGAGGACUGCCAGCAGCACAGGGUGACGGUGUUCCAGUACAUCGGAGAAUUAUGCCGAUACCUUGUCAACCAGCCCCCGAACGAGGCAGAGCACGGACACGCGGUCCGGCUGGUGGUGGGCAGCGGGCUGCGGCCGGACACCUGGGAGCGUUUUGUGCGGCGCUUCGGGCCCCUGCAGGUGCUGGAGACGUAUGGGCUGACGGAGGGCAACGUGGCCACUUUCAACUACACAGGACAGCGGGGCGCUGUGGGGCGCGCCUCCUGGCUUUACAAGCAUGUCUUCCCCUUCUCUUUGAUUCGCUAUGAUGUCACCACAGGGGAGCCGGUUCGGAACACCCAGGGGCACUGUGUGGCCACGUCUCCAGGUGAGCCAGGGCUGCUGGUGGCCCCCGUGAGCCAGCAGGCACCAUUCCUGGGCUACGCGGGGGGGCCAGAGCUGGCCCGGGGAAAGCUGCUGAAGGAUGUCUUCCGGCCUGGGGAUGUUUUCUUCAACACUGGGGACCUGUUGGUCUGCGAUGACCAAGGCUUUCUUCGCUUCCACGAUCGUAUGGGAGACACCUUCAGGUGGAAGGGGGAGAAUGUGGCCACAACCGAGGUGGCAGAGGCCUUGGAGGCCCUGGACUUCCUUCAGGAGGUGAACGUCUAUGGAGUGACUGUGCCAGGGCACGAAGGCAGGGCUGGGAUGGCGGCCCUGGUUCUGCGUCCUCCCCACUCCUUGGACCUUGUGCAGCUCUACGCCCAUGUUUCUGAGAACUUGCCACCUUAUGCCCGGCCUCGAUUCCUAAGGCUCCAGGAGUCACUGGCCACCACAGAGACCUUCAAGCAGCAGAAGGUUCGGAUGGCAAAGGAGGGCUUUGACCCAAGCACACUGCCUGACCCACUCUACAUUCUGGACCAGGCUGGGGGCGCCUACCUGCCCCUCACACCUGCCCGGUACAGUGCCCUCCUGGGGGGGGACCUUCGUAUCUGAGAAACUCCCACACCAGCGCAUCUGAGGGAGGGACUUUGUGGGGUGGGGUAUGGCAGAUGUAUCAGCUGCUAUCAGGGAUCUUUUCUGUACCAGUUUUGUAAUCCUAAUUUUGUAAUAAAUGUGGCCAGAGCCCAUCUGGCUCUGUCUUUUUGAU